AUGCAACCUCCCGACAACUAUGGGCCGUAUAUCAACGGAGUCAGUUGGCCCUUGGUGGCAAUCGCCGGCUUGUUUCUAGGAACCAGGCUCUACAUCAAAACGACGGCCCAUCGUGCCAUGUGGUGGGAUGAUCACUUACUGACGGCUUCUUGGCUCAUGCUGGCUGCUUUCGCAGCAACAAACAGCUACGCCGUAUCCGUAGGCUUCGGGAAGCAUAUCGACAAGGUACCGACGGAGAACUUCGUACUGCUCAUGAUGCUUUCGUGCAUCAGCUCCAUAUUCUCCCUUCUCGGAGCCGCUUGGUCCAAGACUUCAUUCGCGCUGACGCUCUUGAGACUCACAUCGGGGACAAUGGAGUACGUCGUAUCGACCAAGUACUUGAUCUGGGGGGUAAUCAUCUCGCUGAACUUGACCCUUACGUUCAACACGAUACUACCUUUCAUCCAAUGUAAACCGAUCGCCAGAGCUUGGAAUCCGUACAUCGAGGGAACGUGCUGGGAGAGAACGGUCGUCGUCGACUACGGGGUCUUUGCUGCCGCGUAUUCGGCCACUAUGGAUUUCGUUCUGGCAAUUGUGCCCUGGCUGCUCAUUUUGAAGCUUCAAAUGGUACUGAAAGAAAAGAUUGGUGUGGCUAUAUGCAUGAGCUUAGGACUAGUCGCUGGCGCAACCUCCAUAGUCCGCGCCAUCAAAGUCCCUCAAGUCCAAUCCUACGACUUCACCUUCGAAUCUGGCAACCUCUCCAUCUGGACCGUAGCUGAGAUCGCCACAACCAUAAUGGCGACCUGCAUUCCCGUGCUCCGCGUCCUCGUCCACCGCGUCGUCAGUCCCAACCGUAACUGCUACCGGCACUCCGGGGUAGACGUGGCUUUUGUUAGUAAGCAUAAUACCACGCAUACGACUCCUAUCAUCUGCAAUGCACGGCAGCAACAUCAUGGAGGGACGGGCACGUUGACGGGGACUAAGACAAAAGAUAGUCAUGAGAGCGAUGAUGAGGAGAGGGCGAUUGGUGGGGUAGACGCGACGGCGGGAGGGAUUGUGAGGGUUGCUACGGUUAGGAUUGAUUAUGAUCGGAGGAGUAAGAUCGGGGCUCAGGUUGCGCUUGAUGAGGCGUCGCCAGAUUUCGAAAUGGAAAGGUUGCCGUCACGGUCAGAUUCGAAGAUUGUAAAGAAGUCGAAGAGUGUGAGGGAGAAAAGGCCAUGA